AUGGAAAGGGACGAAGAAAGCUGGGUAUCUGUUACUGGCUUCUUUUUCCUUUCAAAUGUAGUUAGGGUAACAUUUGUAUCGUACUUUUUUUGGUCCGGUGCAGUCUUACUAGCAGGAGCUAUCAUAUCUCAUGAAUUAUUUAUACAUUAUUCACCACUUAUAAAUGGGAAUAUUGCUUGCUCUGCUAAAUAUAACUUCUAUGUAAUUUUGUAUAUUUGGAUUAUAGAAGGUUCUAUUUUCAUUUUGGCUUGUAUUUCAUAUUCUGUAAUUGAGGCAAGAAAUUUAAAUUUUGAUAAUUUAUCACUUUCUACACAAGUAAUUGGUAUAAUGAUAAAGUACAUGCCAACAUGGUUGAGGAUAUUUCAUAUUUUUACAUUCUGUCAAGUAACAGUUUUAGUAUUACAGUUCUUAUUUUUGCCAGAGUGCAAUUCAACUGGAUUACAAAUAUCUCUUGUGGUAAUCAGUGUAAUUUGGUGGUUUAUAGUAAUUUUUGGAGUGAUUUGUAAACGUAAAAUCGCUAUUCCACCUCAUAUAUUCGAUCCUUUAAAAGCAAAAAGUGACUUCUUUACUGAGAUUCAUCUUGUAUUACGUUCAAUGGGUCCCUAG